UCCCUGUUGUGAUUGCAAGCGGUUCCUCCUCAGUAGCAGAGAAGUGAGACACCACACGAGAAAUCUUCCAAAAACACGUGACUAUUGUGAAGAAAAUACAUUCUGAAUGGCUGAUACUACGAAAAGAUCUGUUAAGACAGUACUCUGUGUACUGUGUGUUCUGGCAAUCUUCUCUCUGGCUUCGCUUUACUUGUAUUUUUUGUCCAAAUGGCUACCUCCUCUGGCGAGAGAAAUGGUAUCGGAAGAUGACCUUAACAGCAACACAACAAAUCAGAGAGCGGAGCUAUAUUUUCCCAGCAGUAUUGAGGAGUUAAAGGCUCUCGCAAGCAUUCUCAAGAUGUACAAGAAGGAGAAUAGUGGCUAUGUAGCUCUCCUUUUCUGUAGCGCAUACCUUUACAAACAGACAUUUGCCAUCCCUGGGUCUGUUUUCAUGAAUAUUCUAGCAGGGGCAAUCUUUGGAAUCUGGAAGGCAUUUCCCUUGACAUGUUUUUUGACAGCAUGUGGGGCGUCAUGCUGUUACUUACUGUCUAGGACUUUUGGUAGAAGUUUACUUGUACAGUAUUUCCCUGAGAGGGUUGCUGCACUCCAAGCAAAGGUUCAUGAAAACCUUGAUAGAUUGUUUUUCUUUUUGUUGUUUCUACGACUCUUCCCAAUGUCUCCUAACUGGUUUCUAAACAUGACAUCACCAAUUCUAGAUGUUCCUCUGCCACAAUUCUUUGUUUCUGUCUUCAUAGGUCUGAUGCCGUAUAACUUCCUCUGCUGUCAAACUGGAUGUCUUCUCUCACAGCUCAAAUCUCUUAAUGACCUCUUCACUGCAUCUGUCAUGUUCAAGCUUGCUGCAAUGGCUUUUGUUGCUAUGGUUCCAGGACUUGUUGUUAAGAGACUUCAUAAGCAACACAACAAGACUAAAUAAGUACAUAGCGAAAAUAAAGGACUUAUUACUA